AAGGCUGAAAGAAUUUCACCCAAAGUCCUUGAAAGGCCCUCCACAGACUGUUUACCAAGCUUCCGGAAAAUUCUGCCUCCUGGAUCUCAGUACCACCCACCCCCAGGAGGUCGCCGUGGAUGUUUGUCAGGGCUCUCAGCCUGAGCUGUUCCCUCCGCGGUGGGGGCUCUCAGGACACCCACCUUCCUGGUUGGCAGGAGCCUGGGGGAAUAUUCCGGGCUCCCUGGGGUUUUUAGAACCCCGCCCCCAGGCUCUGCAGGGUAAUGGACCCACCUGCUGGCAAGUGUUCACAGAAACCACUUGGACAGAGAAAGCCACGCAGACACAGACCGGGCUUUUUUGCAAAAGCGAAUGAGACCUAGGCUGCCAUGCACGCAGCCCCACCUCCAGCGAGGACGAGAUGGCCCAGAGCUUCUCCGACGACUCAGCCGGCUUCGGGUCUGAGAGCUCUGAGGAGGGGACCGUCUACGACACCAUCCAGGCCGCCAGGGGGGGACCAGGCCCCGCACCCUCCCAGCACAGCCCGGGAAGCACCGUGGUCAUCCGGGUCUUCAUCCACGACCUGCAGCAGACGAAGUGUCUGCGCUUCGACCUGGACUCCACGGUGUGGGUGGCCAAGCAGCGUGUGCUGUGCUCACUGACACAAAGCCUGCCGGACGCCCUCAACUAUGGGCUGUUCCAGCCGCCCAGCCACGGGCGCGACGGCAAGUUCCUGGAUGAGGAGCGGCUGCUGAGAGAGUACCCGCAGCCCGAGGGCCCAGGGGUGCCCGCCCUGGAGUUUCGCUACAAGAGGCGGGUUUACAAGCAGAGCCACCUGGACAAGAAACAGCUGGCUAGACUAAACACCAAGGGUGACCUGAGGAGGUGCAUGGAGCUGGUGCAGCGCUGGGCAGUGGACAGGGUCGCCAAGAUGCUGGAGCGCGGCCUGGACCCCAACUUCCAUGACCUGGACACUGGAGAGACGCCGCUGACCCUGGCCGCGCAGCUGGACCAGCCGGCCGAGAUGCUCAAGGCCCUGAGGAAUGGCGGUGCCCACCUGGACUUCCGUGCCCGCGACGGGAUGACAGCCCUGCACCGCGCCGCCCGCGCCCGCAACCCCGCCGCCCUGAAGACCCUCCUGGAGCUGGGCGCCUCCCCGGACUACAAGGACAGCUGCGGGCUGACGCCCCUGUACCACACGGCCGUCGUGGGGGGUGACCCUCAGUGCUGCGAGCUGCUGCUGCGUGACUGGGCCGUCGUGGGCUGCCGGGACGACAACGGCUGGACUGAGCUGCACCAGGCCUGCAGGUACGGACACGUGCAGCAACUGGAGCAUCUGCUGUUCUACGGGGCCGACAUGGGUGCCCAGAAUGCCUCGGGGAACACGGCCCUGCACAUCUGUGCCCUCUACAACCAGGACAGCUGUGCCCGGGUGCUGCUCUUCCGUGGAGGGGACAAGGACCUCAAGAACUACAACAGCCAGACGCCCUUCCAGGUGGCCAUCAUCGCGGGCAACUUCGAGCUGGCUGAGUACAUCAAGAACCACAAGGAAACCAAUGUGGUGCCCCUGGUGCCGCCCCGGAGGACCGUCCCUGCCCCUGGGGCCCCUCCUCCGUCCCCUCGCUCGCCCACCGGCCUACUGCCCCCGACCCCCGGCUGGCACCGGACCCACAGCGGGGAGCACGCCCAGCAGACCAGCAGCCGCGAGGGUGAGCUCCGCGGGGACGCCCCCUCUGUCACCCCAGGCCCUGCCUGCUCUGUCCCUUGGGGGCUCUGUGUCUCCUGCCUGCGCCCGCUGCCCCGCCCCAGAGGCAGACGCUUGGCUGUCCCCUUCCUGUCUGAGCAUCGGGGUCCCCCACCCCCAGAUGCUGACGGGAGCCCCUCCCCUGCUCUGAUGGCCCCCCGAGGGUUCGAGGACUGAGUCGCGUGCUGAGAGGGACCGGUGGUCACAGCUCGGGGACGCUGAGGGUACACUGAGGGUCAGUGGGAGGGGCGCUGGGUCUCUGGGCCCUUGGGCUGGGCCUGGCAUCGUGCCAGCUGCUGGGACGUCCUGUCGACCGGGGCGGGCGCCCAGUGGGUGACCACACGCCCGGCCUGGUGACCCCCACGGAGCUCCGUGCCGUCUGCACUGGCAGCCCCUCUCCCAGAACGUGCCACCUCUCGGGCCACAUGGCCUGCUGUCAGUGACCGCCCUGUGUCCCCGAGGCCGGUCUGCCCAGGGAAAGGGGUGCCGGGUGCCCGGGAAGAAACCCUGUUUCCCUUCCGUGUUGUGGCCACUGAGAACGGGUGUGGAGAGCAGGCCUGUGUCACAGCAGCCCAGGGGACCCUGGGAAGUCUUGUCCCCGGGGCACGUCCCCUGGCUCCCAUCUGCGACAGCAAGGCUGGUCGGGCAGGUCCCUGAGUGUGACUUGAGGACGGUGGCCCAGCCGUGCUGCCCCCUGGCCCCCGCCGCUCCCAUCCCCGUGCGACUUGUGCUCUGUGUCCCCGUCCCUGCAGAAGCCAUGAGCGACGGCUCUGCCUUUG